AUGUGGGGUUUGGUAUUUGUAGUGGAGGGGUGGGGGUGGUGGCUGUGUGGUGGGUUGGGGGUGGGGGAUGAGUUUGGUUGGGUGGGGUCUGUGUGGUGGUGUGUCGAUUGUCUUGAAUGGGGGAAGAAUUGCUAUGAUUGUGUGGGGCGGAUCCGGGUUGGGUGGGUUGGGGUUGGGGGAGUGUUGGUGUUGGAAUCUGGGUUAGGUGUGGGGGAUGCGGUGGGGAGGGGAUGGGGGUGUGGGUGGUUGAUUGUUGGGGAGGGGGUAGGGUGCGAUGGAGUAGUGUUUUGGCGUUUGGGGUUCUUUAGUAUAUGGUUGUGGUUGGUGGGGGGGGGGGUCAAGUGGGGUUGGGGGUGUUGGGUGGUGGGGGGGUUGCCUGGUGGGUGGUGGGUGCGGUGUUUUUGGUGGGUCCUUAGGUGUGGUGUGUUUUGUAAGGGUUGGGUGGGGGUGGUGGGGGUGUGUGAGAGGGGUGGGUGGGGUGUGGGAAGAGUUGGUGGGGUGCGGGUUGGGUGUGGGUGUUGGAAGUCUGGGUGUUGUGGUGGGGUGUGUGGUGUGUGGUUUAGGUGGUUGUUUGGGUGGUGGGCGUUUUCUUGGUUGAGUUGUGGGUGGUGGGGGGGGGGGGUGUGGUGGGGUUGUGUCUGGUGUUGUUUUUGGGGGGUUUGUUGGGGGGGGGUUGGUGGGGGUGGGGGUCGAGGGAUGGGUGGUGGGGGUGUGGGGUGGGGAGGUGGUGGGGGGGUUGGGGUGGGGUGUGGAUGGUUGGUUGCGUUGGUUGGGUGGGUGUGUAGGGGUGUUAGGUUAGUGGUUGGUGUGUGGGGGUGGUGGAGGAGUGGUGGUCAGUUUGGCUGGGGUGUGGGGUUUGGGAUAGGUGGAUGUCUGGAGUGUAGGGGGUUAUGGUGUGGGGGUAUGGUGGUUGCGUAUAGUAGUGGGUGUAGGAGUGUUGGGGGGUGGUUGGUGAGGUAUGGAAGUGCAAGGUGGUGUUUGGUGGUUGGGGAUAAUUGGGUUGGUGGGGUUGGGGUGGUGGGGGAGGUUGAUGGGGUGUGUGUGGAGGGUGGUGGUUGGGGGGGGCGGUGUUGUGGGUGGAGUGGGUUUGGGGUGGUAGGGGUAGGAUGA